UGUUGCUUCAGGAUGACGUCAUGCUCGUUGUUUCGAAUGUCGGCUGCUCCAGCACGGUCGGAGGCCGCUUUGCGCUGAUCGGGACUACAAAACUUCUCCACAGCCCAAAGGUCGUCGAUAGCCUGCCGGUACAGUGACGCUCAGGAAAGUCCUCUCCCAUCCCCCCUUACCCUCUCUGUUGGAGCAUGGCUCAGGAGACCAAUCAGACCCAGGUGCCCAUGCUUUGCACGAUGGGAUGCGGUUUCUACGGUAACCCCCGCACCAAUGGCAUGUGCUCAGUCUGCUACAAGGAACACCUACAGAGACAACAGGGAGGGGGGAGAUCAAGUCCCCCAGGGGAGAAAGCUACAACAUCACCUGCGGGAAUGCCAGGCUCCUCUGACGUCAUGGCAGAGAGCACAGAACCAGCGCCCAGCAUGGAGGCAGGGCGAACCUCGCCCGAGGAACCAACAUCCAGUGUCAGUCCCAGUUCUCCCAGCCCAGUAACUCAACAGAUGACGGCCAUGAGUAUUUCCCAGGAUUCUGGAGCCGUCGACUCGGAUCGAGCAGAGGCCGAGGACGCCGAAGACGAGGGACCAUCUAGCACCUCGGAUCCAGCAGGAGAAGCGGCACAGACCUCUGAUGGAGAGCAAACUCCUGACAAAAACAAGAAAAAGAACCGCUGCUUUUCUUGCCGGAAGAAAGUCGGCCUCACCGGUUUUGACUGUCGCUGUGGCAACCUGUUUUGUGCCAUCCACCGUUACUCCGACAAACAUGACUGUCCCUACGAUUACCGGAGCGCGGCGGCAGAUCGCAUACGCAAGGAGAACCCCAUCGUGGUAGCUGAGAAAAUCCAGAAGUUAUGAAGACUUUGAGUACGGAAAAAAGAACACGCAGAUUUUUUUUUUCCCUUUUUUUUUUUUUUUUUUUUUUUUUACAAUUAACAAGAAUGGUGACACCUGAAUAUCAUGGCUUCAUUUGUUCAUCUUAAAAGCAGGGUGGGGAGGUGAUUAAGCUGCAGCCAGUGUCCAAACGUUUCCCUUACUAGCAUCUCUCUUCCUCCACUCGUGACUGUUUGCGGAUGAGUGGUUUCUGCAUGAUUGUGUGUAUGCAAGUGUGUGGAGAGAGCAGAAAGCGGACUUGCUGUGGGGCGGGUAGGCAUUUCAAUUUCCCCCCUUUUUUGUGUUUUCAUACCAUCCCUGUGAGGUCACUGAUGAGGUCAAUUUAGAACCAUCCAGCAACUAACAAGGAGGAUGUCGUCCAUCACAUCCGUGAGACCUUUUUAAGGGCUUCAGGUUAUUUCUUUGCUCCGACUUUAAAAAUGAUGUCAACUUCUUGUGAAAUUGACUCCCCCCACCACCACCUCCCAUUUCUCAAUAGGGUCGCCACACUUUGGACUUUCUCAAGCAUUUUUCAGCCAAUGUUCACUCUUUGAUAUAUUGACUUAUACCAGGUGCAUGAACAGUUAUUAGAGGGGGGGUAAAGGAGUGAUUGAAUAUGUAUGUUCCCCCCCCUCCUGUUUUAAUGAGCGUAUGACUUCAGAAGAUCUAUAUUAAUAUAUUGUAGUUAGCUCGUGUGAUUGCAUUCUAUUUAUUUUUUAUCAUUUUGGUGGGUUCUGCUGGAGGAUGGGCGGCAUGUCGGCAAAUCGUGAGGUUUGCACUUUUUAAACUGAAUUCCAUCAUGAUUAUUUGUGACCAGAGAUGUGAGCUUGUCAGAAUUGGGAAAUGAAGCACAACAAACUGCAGACAUAGAAAAGUGUGCGUGCGUGCGUGCGUGCGUGCGUGUGUGUGUGUGUGUGUGUGUUGCACCUGCUCAGUUUUGUUCAGCAUCUGGGUCAUUUUCAGUUUCUACUUGAUCCUUAGAGGCUAUCUCGAAUGGCCUUCUCUUGUUUUGUGUGAAGCUCCAAGCACCAGCAGACCACUGACACAUGCUGAAUGAAAACUGACCUGGGUCGCCGCAGUCAUUCAGAUUGUCGCUACUGUUGCUUCUUGAACAAUUUGAAAUAAUUAUGCAUGUGUGCCGCCUAACAUAGGAGUUACUGAAGAGCCACACAGCUGUAGCACAAUGCAUGGCUGCAACUUGGAGGUCCAUUUGAAAGUAAUGUCCCCCACAUGUAAAUAACCUACAGCUCAUAGAAUAAAGAGUGGAAGGGGUUCAAGUGAAGAAUAAGUACUCUGGUGUGUAAAAGUGCUUUGCAUAACUCUACAAGCACUAAUCUCACUUUUAGCACUGCUUUGCCCCUAAAGUGACUACAAUAAUAUUCAAAUAAUCCCUCUUAACUUUUGUGACCAUGCCUUUUAUUCUGUUUGUAGCAUCAUGAUGCUGCCAGUUUGAGGUUUCAUUCUUUAUUGUGUCAAAAUGUAUAAUGCAUUUUUCCAACAAGCCAAUGCUGGAUGUCUUGGGGGACCAGCUGUAUCUAAUACAGGAAGUUCAGGAGUUGGCCUUUUGGACAUUUUCUAAAAUAAUUUGGUCCAAGCUUGCCUAUGGGGUUCAUUUAUUAAAAAAAAAAAAAAAAAAAAAGAUAUAUGAAAGAGUAGUUUGAAUGUAAACCGCCGCAAUUUAUACAUUAAACUACACUAUUGUGUAUUUAGUCAUACUAAGUAAGCCCUGAUAUUGACUGUCUUUGAGUAAAGGAUGGACACCUUUUUUUUUUCUUUUUUUUUUUUACCUUGAGCUACACAUGACUGUUAAGCAUUUCAUACUUAAAUAUGAAUUUUCCUUUCUGUUCUGUUCCUUUUUAGUAGUUUAAAUCAUGCAGAGCUAUAAUUGAUGAUAAUGGCAAAACUGAUGACAGAAGUGAAGAUACAGGAAGACUGAUUGAUUUGAGGUUGAUUUUUGUUCCCUGAAAAUGAUCUUAUUGAAAUCUUCAAUACUGACAAUGAGCAGUAGUUUUUCCUCAUCCUAUUGGCACUCCAGGCCACCACCCCCUCCAGAAAUACCACCAGAUCAUUUUUAUUUUUUAUUUUGAUUUACUUUUCAAGAUUUAGGAUUGUAUGACAUGUUAAAAGUACAAAAAUAAAAUCACAAAGUUUAUUUUAAA